AUGUCUCACCAGCUCGAUAAUUGUAAGCGCGUUAAAACGGUUCUUCCAAAUCCCCCAAAAAAUAUCCUCAAAUUUCAAAAUUAUCAAAACCAAUUUCCUGUUGAAUUUGUUAUAUACGCAGAUUUCGAAUCAAUAUUAACACCUAUAGCUACAUGCAAUCCAAAUCCUGCAGAAUCUUUUUCAAAUAAAAUCAAUAUUCACGAACCUCAUAGUUUUUCAUAUUUCAUUAAAUGUUCAUACGAUGAAAAUUUGGAUUGCAUGGAGUUAUACCGUGGAGAAAAUUGUGCUAAGGUGUUUAUCGAUAGACUUAGAAACGAUAUAAACCGUAUAAGUGACAUUUAUUCGAAUCCCUGNAGUGACAUUUACUCGAAUCCUUUGCCUAUGUUACCAUUAUCUUUAAAAGAACAACAUGAUCAUUACAUAACAACUGAGUGUCACAUUUGUAACGGUGAAUUACGGCAUCAUGAAAAGGUUUUCGAUCAUUGUCACUUAACGGGGAGAUAUCGUGGCGCAGCGCAUAGAGAUUGUAACCUAAAAUGUUCGGUUCCCUCAUUUGUCCCCGUAAUUAUACAUAAUAUGCAGAACUAUGACUCGCAUUUUAUUAUAUCGAAUCUAGGUUUUGGCGAUAGCGACGAGGGGAUUGAAGUUUUGGCUAAAACAAAUGAAAAAUAUAUGUCAAUUAAAAAAGUAAUAAAAACAUCUAACAAUAAGCGACUGACAUUGAAAUUUAUAGAUUCGUUAAACUUUUUACCAUCUUCUCUUGAAAAAUUAGCUGAAACUAAAUCCCCCGAUCAAUUUAACAUAACUAGGAGAAUGCAUACGAAUGAUGAUGAAUUCAAGUUAUUGUGUCGUAAAGGUGUAUUCCCUUACGAGUAUGUGACUGAUAUGAAUGUUCUGAACGAAUGCAUGCUCCCCUCAAAAUCUUCGUUUCGUAGUAUUUUAAAUAUGUGUGAUAUAUCAGACAAGGAUUAUGCCCAUGCAAAAAAAGUUUGGGAAAAAUUUAAUUGUUCAACAUUGGGAGAUUAUUCAGAUUUAUAUUUAAAAACUGAUGUGUUUCUUUUGGCUGAUAUAUUUGAAAAUUUUAGAAAAAUGUGUUUAGUUAAUUAUGGGCUUGAUCCUUGUUAUUAUAUCACUACUCCGGGGUUGAGCUUUGAUGCUAUGAAACGAAUUACCGGGGUAAAAUUAGAACUGAUGACGGACAUCGAGAUGAUUAGUUUUAUUAAUAAUGGGAUUCGUGGUGGAGUAUCACAAUGCAUAUCACAUUAUAGUGAAGCUAAUAAUAAAUAUUGCGAUGAUUACGAUUCGUCGAAACCGUCAAAAUAUUUAUUAUAUCUCGAUGCCAACAAUCUGUAUGGAGCUGCGCUAAAACAACACCUUCCACUUGGAAAUUUUAAAUGGUUACAACAAUCAGAAAUCGAUGAAUUAGAUGUAAUAAAAAUAAAAGAUGAUAGUGAUUGGGGGAUUAUAUUAAAAGUCGAUUUAGAGUAUGGUGAGCAUUUACAUGAACUCCAUUCUGACUUACCAUUAUGUCCUGAAAAUAUACAACCACCAAAUUCAAAAUUUAAAAAAUUAAUUCCAAAUUUAAAUGAUAAACAAAAUUAUGUUAUUCACUAUCGGACUUUAAAACAGGCCAUUAGCUUGGGUUUGAAGGUAAAAAAGAUAAAUAAANUACUAAAAUUCGAACAAUCGGCUUGGAUGAAGGCGUAUAUAGAUUUGAAUACGAGAAAACGUAUGGAGUCCAAGUCGGCUUUCGAAAUUGAAUUUUUUAAACUUAUGAUCAACAGUAUAUACGGUAAAUUCCUGGAAACNCAACAGUAUAUACGGUAA